AUGACCUGUCAACAUCUGAUCCAGAUUCGUUGUGAUCGCGCCCAACCUUCUUGUGAGAACUGCUCCUUGGCGCGAGUGUCCUGUACCUUUACUGUGAAGCCAGCCGAGGCGCGUAAAAGCAUCAGACAGCGACUCUCUGAGACUCAGCGCCAUGUACAAAAUCUUGAAAACUUGAUCACCAACAGUAACGCAGGCUCUUGUGGUCCAGCGAAAGCUUCGUCUACUCAUAAUAAAUAUUCCACACAAUCUCAUUUUCAUGACACGGCUGGCUUUGAUAAUGCUCUGUCUACGUUUCAACAGCAUCUCGAAUACUCCUGGCCCGGAGGCGACCGGUCAUCCCACAGGGCCAGCUUCUGCUCCGCAAUCUUUCACUACACUGGUUCUCACUUUGAUCUUGACGACUUCUUUCAUCAGGUCGCGGAAUCAUACCGAUCGCGAUAUGGCACAGAGGAAAAGAAGCAAGCGAUCUCCCAGUGGCCCGACAAGCGUUUAGUCAAGAAUUGUAUUGAGUAUUAUGAUCGCAAAGGACUUUACUCUGUCUUCCCCAUAGUUGAUAUCCGCGUGAUCCGUGAACUCCUAGACGCGGGUGUGCUAGACGACCCAUCCAAAGCCAGUCCGGUAGCGAACAAAGCAUGCCUAGUUGCAUUCACGGCGCUCAUCGCUCAGCUACAUCGCCAUAGUCCAAUGUUCGCGCACGCUAAGCCAGAUACAUACGUGCGCGCGGUAUUAUCGUUGUUACCGGACUUGUUCAUGGAGGAGGCAGACGUGAGAACGUUGGAAACGUUCAUCAUCUUGACAAUAUACAUUCCCCCGACCGGGCAAAGUUACCCAGCCGAAAUGAUGCUUGCCGCAGCUGUACGUAUCCUGUAUAAGCUUGGUGGCCACCGACAACGCGAUCCCAACCAGGAUGACGGGAGCCACAACCAUUACCAUAUACGCUCUCUGUUCUGGCUGAGUUAUUGGAUGGACAAAGAAAUGUCAUUACGCGCGUGCCGUGAACCGAUGAUAAACGACGCAAGCUGCGACUUGGAAUUGCCGUCCACCUAUGUCUCCCAAUCCUCCACUUAUCAAUUCCUACAGGCCCCCCUGUCGUCCGACAUACUAUUAUAUCCUUCCGACCUCCGCCUUGCCCUGAUUAAGUCGAAAAUAUAUCGUCUGCUUCACUCGGACUCAAGCCGUACACAGCCCGAAUCUACUAAAAUGCAACGAAUUCUUGAAUUAGAUCAAGAGCUGAGUGCCUUAGAGUCAAGCUUUCCUGCACAUUGCCAGCCCCAUGUUUUCGCAACCCCAGACUGCCCUUUGUACGCGUUCCAUGAUCUUAGCAUGCGUGGGGUGACCCUGCACUUAGAUUACUACUAUUGCGUGAAAAGGAUCCACGAGGCAAGUGCCGCCUGCAGCACACAGUACUCCUUCUCGUCGGGAAUGGAGCUCUCAUACCAGACGUCCCGAUGCAUGUUGCUCUACAUUAACCAAGUACGGUCUUUUAUCACUUGGCAUAGUUUCUGGAUAUAUGCUCAAUGGUUACUAUCGGCUGUAAUAUCGCUGUUUUAUCACUGCAUGUCGAACCCCACGUCUCCAACCUUCUCGGGAGAUCUUGAAAUCCUCGAAAAUACGAGAGACAUUUUCACUUCGCUUAUGCGCAAUACCGAAGGGGGGAACUGUAUUGCGCCGUUCUACAUUACCGAGGCUUUUGUUGACACUCUCAUCCAAUUCGCCAAGCAAUCCUACAUGAAAGCGACUGCCAUAUGA